CAAAUGAAUUAUGAAAUCUUCAAAAGUGAUAAUUAGAAAGUAUCAUAAAUAUAGGGAGUCAGUUCAGGAAAGAAUAUAUUUACUUCAGAAUCUAAAUAAAUCAUUACUUAAGUAAAUGUUUUUUUUAUACUUAGCAACCAGUGAUUGAAUAUUCUUAAGAAAGAACACUAAUCUAAUCUUAAAACGAAGCUAACUUGAAACAAACAUAAUAAAUGCCACCACAAAGAAUUUAAAGUCAAAAUGUCUUAAGAUAAAAUAUGUAAAUUCCUUAAGUGUCAUAUCCAGGUACUUAUAGUGUACAGUAAAAUUGUUAAUAACCACCACCUUUAUGCAUGAAUAUAGUAGUGGNUCAUACAAUGUUCUAAUUUAUCUGUAAUAUAUUGAUGAAAUUCUUCACAAACAAAAGGUUUUGUUGUUAAAUCUAUCAAAAUCUAUUCCAUCAACAUAUAGGUAUGAUUUAUUAAUUGAAUGCUUAAAUUAUUGAAAUACUCCAAAUAUUCAGGCCAUCUAGGAUUCUUAUAUUAAGGCCAAUUAAUGCAUUCUAUUUCUAUUUAUUUUAGAACACCUUAUUUGAUUUCUUCCUUUGA